AUCAGAAAUACCAAUAAGUUUUGAGAAUAAUAAUGAGGAUAAUAUAUAUAAUAAGAAUGAAAAUAUAGACAAUAAAAGCAACAAUUAUGAUAAUAAUGAUAACAGUCUUAUAACUACCCUAUCUAAAGAAAUUUUUAAUUAUAUAGGACAUAUUCUUGGAAUCAAUGCUUCAGUAACAUCGCCGUUUAAUACACCUGAAUUGACUGAGCCAAUGUCUAAUGAAACCAAUAUUAAUAUUUUAAAUAUUAUCGCUAUAUGCAAACAAGAAUUUAAAGAAUUCUUAGAAUUUAUCUUAAGAAGUCUCCAAAUAUUGCAGGAAAAUUUAAUAUUAUUCCGGAGCCUAAUCAAAUCUGAACAAUUGUCAGCACAAGAACUAUAUAAUAUGAAUAAUAAUCAUAUCCUAAUGACUCACUUUUGUGACCUUAUUACUUCAAACUCUUUCAAAAAAGUACAAAAUUUAGUAAAUAUAAUAUAUAAGGACACAAACCCUCAUAGAUGUAUAACUUCUGGUAAUGAUAUCCUUUUUCUAAAACGAGAGAAUAAACAAAAACGAAAACUGUUCUACAAAAACUAA